CCUCACGGCUCUGAUUCGUCUUGCAUGACGUAAUAUACAAGUCCGUCCCACCUCUUCUGUUCUUUGGUUGGUCGACUGUCACAUCAAUCAUCCCUCCGCCGCGCGUGUCGGCUUUUUCGUUAACAAGUCGAGCUGCGAAGAGGACAUUGAGGGGUGUAGUUAUAUUUAAUUUGUGUUUUAAACAAAAUCCGCAAACAAGUGACCCAAUGAUAAGAGAAGGUAUUCAAAUGUGGUCUGACACUCCAAACUGCCCCAGUCUUUGUGACAACGAUCAAGAAGUUCUGAUCUUUGAGAAUUAUGAGGAUUUGGACUCCAGGAUUACGGAUUUGAAUGAACUGCCCAUCACUCUCAUGGCUUGUUCUGUGCAUGAAGCAGUCUAUGAAGAUAAACAACACAGAGACCGAUUCGAAGCCCUUUUCCGCUUCUAUGAUGAACAUGCCACAUUCCAAUUAUUCCAGAGCUUUCAGAGAGUGCAGAUAAACUUCAGCAAUCGUGAGGCAGCUGCACAAGCACGAAUAGAACUUCAUGAAUCGGAUUUCAAUGGCACCAAGCUGAAACUUUAUUUUGCACAGGAAGAACAAUCUGCUGGCAUGUCAGAUAGUAAGUCAAAAGCCACAGAGGAGGGACAGAGCAAAAGGAAAAAAGCAAAGGUCCAGAGCCCCCAAGAUCAGACCAAGAAUGCGUACUUGGCCCCGCCUCCACCUGUGAAACAGUUCCUCAUCUCCCCUCCUGCCUCUCCGCCAGUGGGGUGGCACCCAAUUGAAGAUGCCACUCCGACCAUUAACUACGACCUGCUGCGCGCAAUCGCUACUCUCGGUCCAGGUGAGAAGUACGAGGUCCACGCCGGAACAGAGUGCACUCCGAGUGUUGUCGUCCAUAUCUGCGAGAGCGAAAACGAAGAGGAAGGCGCAGUCAAGCCGCCAAAACAGAAAAUAGUUCAGACCAGGCGACCAGAUAGUGUCCCAGCAGGGAAGAAAUGAAAGGCCCGACUGCCUGACUCCUGUGACCAGAUCAUUUGCUGCAGCAACAACUCAUCAGCUGUCUCUUGUUUUCUUGAGGACUGUUUUUAAAAAAAAAUAGUUGAAACUUGGGUGACUGCCUGAUUAAAGAACAACAGUAAGGACUCCAUCAUUUGUGGUGUUGAAGCUUUAUUUCAUUUUCAUGCAGAAUUUUGAAGCUUCAUUGGUAUAAGUUGGCUGAUAGGGGAAUGAAAUGGCAAAAUGGUGUGUGCAUUGCUACCCCCCCCCCCUUCAAAAAGCUUCAAAUCCAUAAUGCUAUUUAUUCAGUUUCAGUGCUAGAACAGCACUUCCCAGAUGUGGGGUAUGUAAAUAUUGCUAUUGUCUCUUACUGAAGUAUUGUUAUCACUGUUCUUGUAUGUGCAUGUGUGAUUUUGUAUGUUAUUUUGAACAAAUAUUGACCACGUUAAAGGGAAGUUAAAUACUCUG